AUGGCUGAAAGCAAAAAGAUUACAUUUCUAACAAACGAACUGCCACGGAAAAUUCUUUUACAAAAUCCAGAACUAGAUAGUGAAGGUAUAUUUUCGGAUGUGAAAUUAACAACUCCCGAUCAUCUGGAUGGGUUUAUGUCGACGAUUCAUAAGCUUUCUUUCAAAUACGUCGCCAAAGACGGUAGCGAUGAGCGAACGCUGAAUUUAAUGGUGAAAGUCAUGAAGGGAAGCGAUGAAUUCCGUGAGACAUCUCUGAGCAAGGUUCAGUUUACUAACGAAAUUUACAUCUACACCAAAGUCCUGCCUGUCUUCAGAGAGCUGCUUGAGGGUUGCGAAAGUAUCCUGCCAGAGGACUGGUGCCCAAAAAUGUACUAUGGAGAUUCAGGCCUGUUCCCUGAGUACAGCGAUCAGUAUGAAACAAUUCUUGUGCUCGAGGACAUAUCCCCUCUGGGAUACACAGCCGGACCACGACUCAAUCUAGAGGAAGCUCAUUUACGGAUGAUGGUUCGCAAUAUUGCAUCGUUCCAUGCAUGCACCUACGCUAUGCGUAUUCGAAAAGACGACCGGCUGAACGAACUUAUUGAUGGGAUCAUUCCGCUCGAUUUCGUGACUGAUGGUAAAACAUUUAUCAGCUACGAUGUUCUGUUUAAACUAGGCGUUGCAAGGAUAUACCGAUAUCUUGAUGCCCACACGGAGGAAUUGGACACUGCCAGCUUCAAAAAAGACGUUGAACACCUUCGGCAGCGAUAUGGUGAAUCUCCAAUUCAGAUGAUGCAGAAUUUGUUACAACGCGACGAGGUAUUCUCCGUAAUCUUGCAUGGAGACUACAACCGCAACAAUGUGCUGUUUCGUACAAAUAGCUCCGGUCAACCCACCUCACUAAAGAUGUUUGAUUUUCAAGAGAACCGAUACGCGACCCCCGUAAUCGACCUUACAUUUUUCAUGUACAUGAGCAUGACGAAGGAGCUGCGCGAUCGAUGUUGGGACGAGCUGGUCCUUGAGUAUCAUUGCACUCUCAUCGAAUCGCUGAUGGCCAUUUUAAAGGUGAAUCGUGACGACAGAUUGCUGGAACCGUAUAGAUUCGAACCAUUCCUGGAACAUUUCAAGCGACACGCUAUGUACGGCGUAAUGGUUACGAUGCAUUUCCUCCCAUGGAUGAUGUGUCCAGAGGAGGAAUGUGAACAGUUAUCUUACCACUUCGCGCGAGACGUGCAUUCCGAGGAGCUGGCCCACUGGACGAUGGUAUGUGGUGGCAAAGAGGUUGACGAACGACUGAUAGGCGUUUUGCGACAUGCCAGCAGCAAGGGAUAUUUUGAGAUCGUGAAACAAUAGGGUCAUUUCGACUGUAAACUUCGGUUUUAAACGAUUUUAUUUAUGUAAUCUGACGAAUUUAUUCAGCCCUAUAAGUUGUUACGAUUUAAUGUUAUGCAAAUAUUAGACAAAUAUACAACAGGUAAACGUUUAAAACGUUAUGAGGGUAUUUGAAGGCAAAACAGUAUAGGCAACAGCGAUUGCGGAUCAUUUUUGGUACAACUAUGUAUACGUUCGUUCCUUAAAUAAUAAAACGUUU